GAUACAGCUUAGCCGUCUGUUCUUCGAAAGUUCAGAAACCCGCCGCGAGCGCUGCUAACCCCGCUCUCCCCCCAAUUCCCAGGAAAAAAAAAGAGAAAGAAAAUCCCAAAUCCUCGCCGGCCGCCGCGACGCCGUCCUUGCCCUAACGCGCGCCGACGCCGUCCACCGUUCUGCCCGCCCGACCGGGACCCCUCCGCCCGCCCCCGCCCCCGCCCCAGCCGCCGGUAGCCUUGCCGCGGUUUCUUGCAGCGGGGAGGUCGGCGGCGACUACGAGGAGGACGCGGAGCGCAUUGCGUGAAGGGUGCAGCAGCCGCACCACGCGCACCGCCGCUCCGCCCGACCGGGAACCCUUCAACGCCCUGCCUCCGGUAAUCUUGACGCGGCCACGCCUUUUAUUGCAACCGGCGGCGACUCCGAGGAGGAAGCGGAGCGCGUCGCGGGACACAACACGCGCCGACGCCGUCCGCUGCUCCGCUCCACCGGAGAGUCCCUCCGCUUGAUCCCACUCCGCCCCGUCGACGCCGAGGACCACCGAGCCGGCUUCCGCCCCGUCCACGCCGACCUGUUGCGAUGGGGAAUGCGGCCUUCCAGAGGAACGGCGGUGGCGCUGGAGCCACCGAUGAGGAGAACUCUUUGGCUACCGCAGUUGCGGAGGCGACUGCGACGGGCGCCAGGCAGGCCAUCAUUGACGCGGUCCUCGAGGCUCGGCAAGAAGGCGCGGUGGGAGGCCAGGAGAUCGACCACGAGAAUCCAGCAGAAGCUUUGGUGGCCGGUGUGCUGCCCCUUUCGCGUGCUCAGGCCGCCGCCGCCGCUGGCGCGAAGCGCGGUAUCGAUGCUAUGGUGCGGGAUCUUGAACCUGCCAACCGAUUUGCCUACGAUCUCAAGAGGCUGAAGGUUGCGGCUGCCUCUGCAGCCAGCGCGGGGGUGAAAGCAGCCGUACUGAUGGCGGGGCAGCACGCCAUGGGGGAGAUUGACCAGGAGACAGCAGCAGCAGCAGCAGCAGCAGCAGCAGCAGCAGCCUAA